GGUCAUCACAAAAGACAACGGGACUGUCGGCCAAUCUCUUACACCUAGGCAGCCUUGUGACACCUGCUGUACUCGUUGACUCUAGCUGAAUAUGGAUCAGUGGUAACAAAGUGAAAGACUUCAACGUGACACGCGUCCAUUCUCUUACACCUGCCUUAAUUGCAUCUAUAAACAGAGACUUAAUCAAGCUUUUAAUCUGUCAGUCAUUUGUUGCCUGGUUCGACCAUGUAGUGAAUACUAGAGAAUAAUUGACGGUUGACAUUCGGCGAUCGGCGCCGCUUAAGAACGAGAAAGGACUAUCAACAAAGUACUGAUCGAUGUGAACUAGAAUACUCAAGACUACUGAGAAGAAAAGACUUCCAAUGAAGAAAAUAUUUGUAUUUAGAUGAUGGAAACAAUGACACCAGAACGUCUAAAAAUAAGUGGUGAAUCAUCUUAGAAUCUAGUAAACAGGAAGUAAGGCGCGCCGUUGAUAGCUCAAACUACCUUGGGGCUGCAUUGGAUUUUUGAACGACAAAGUCUUUGACCAGUUUAACUCAGGCGCAAGAGACUAGAAGCCUUCUCGUGUAAUUUAGACUUUUUUGGUUGCCUAGCUAACGACUUCAAGGUUGCCAUGUUUUGAAUAUUUUUCUUCACAGGUAGAGCUAUACGACAGAGCUUACGAGUCUUCUUCAGUAUUAUAACAGUGCUAUAACAUGUAUAAAUGCAGUUUUGCCAUCGAUUGAUCGUAGCAGCAAACCCUAUAAAUUGACAGAAUGACAGAACGAACAGUUCAUUUUGAAAAUUGUGUUGCACUUGAGGAUGAAGAGCUUGGACAGCCAACGAGAGGCGAACCUUUUAGCGAACAACCUGUUAACCAGAAUGGAAACCUCUCGACUUUAGAAAGUCAUAUUAGCAUAGAAGAUGGACAAGACGAGGAGGAAAAGGAAGAACGCUGGCAAAAGGUAACUAAACGAGUUCGUACAGUAUUGUUAAUGAAGAACGCUGUGAAACCUGUUAAAACUCGUAGAAAAUCAAUUUGGAGAACACCGAGAGAAACGGUUGAUCCUUUUAUUCAGAAAUUCAGCACACGUUCUGAUAACCGCAAAACUACUCCUCCGAAAAGAAAAUCUUCCAAGGCAUCUCAGAAGAUAUCUCUGGGAAGCACAAACAGUAAUCAACAGAUCAAACCUGAAACGAUUAUAGAAAUAGAUAGCAAAGAACUGGAAAGCGAUGCAUCCAACUACUACGAUGUUGACGUAGGAUACACAGCUUUAUGCCGUGAAAUACCCAAGAUUUUCGCACCGGAUGGACGUUGUAUCUACGUCUGGUCUUUCUUUAUUGUAUUUGCCAUUAGAUACAAUCUCUGGGUACUCAUACUUAGAAUAGCAUUUCCCAGAGCACAGGAAGAAUUUACUAUAGUUUGGCUUAUUUUUGAUUAUUUGUGUGAUUUGAUCUAUCUCUUGGAUCUAUUGAUCUCUUUUCGAACUGGAUUUCUCGAGGAAGGGAUCUUAGUGACUAACACAAGAUGUAUAGCUAGAUCUUACAUCAAGUCCAAGCGAUUUAUAGCUGAUGUGCUAUCGCUGCUGCCGACGGAUAUUCUAUAUGUUGUAUAUCCAGAAAGCGUCCCAAUGUUACGUCUGAAUCGUUUAAUCAAGUCGUACAAAAGUAUCAAAGUCAAAGCUCUCAUGGAGUCCCACACUAACUACCCAACAUUUUUUCGAGUCUUUUUCUUGUUACACUUAAUGUUUCUUCUGAUCAACUGGAACGCUGGAAUCUACAUUAUGAUCUCACGUGCUGAAGGUUUUGGAACAAACAAAUGGGUCUAUCCCGGGAAUGGCUCUCUUUAUCAACAAUAUCUCAAGUCUAUGUACUGGUCAACUCUGACUUUGACCGCCAUUGGGGAUCUACCGUCACCUGCUACUAAUGUCGAGUAUGUUUAUACCAUCGCCUGUUAUUUAUGCGGUGUCUUGAUGUUCGCUACUAUCGUGGGUAAUGCUGGGAGCAUCAUUGUUAAUCGUAAUGCAAGUCGAAUGGACUUCGAAAGACAAAGGGAAAACACCAAGUAUUACAUGCAGAGUAACAAAGUACCCAAAGACCUUCAGAGAAGAGUUCUAAUGUGGUACGACUACUCCUGGGGGAGGGGACGCAUUGGACAUGGUAAUGGCGAUGUUAACUCUCUCACUCUUCUUCCCGAUAAACUCAAGACAGAGAUAGCCCUACAUGUGAACCUAGAGACCUUGAGUAAGGUCACAUUCCUGCAGAAAUGUCAGCCCGAGUUUCUUCACGAUCUUGUUUUAAAAAUGAAGUUGAGGAUCUUCACACCAGGGGAUUAUAUCUGCCGCAAGGGAGAAGUAGCAAGAGAGAUGUAUGUUAUUAUCAGUGGAAAGAUUGAAGUUGUGGGUGAUGCUGGUCAGGUACUCAAGGUUUUGUCCGGGGGAGAUUUCUUUGGAGAGAUUGGUAUUUUGAGUCUCAGCGAGGGUCAAAACAGACGCACGGCUGAUAUACGAACUGUUGGCUACGUUGAGUGCUUCGUGUUGUCCAAGGAUGAUGUUCUUAAUGCUACACGGGAUUAUCCUGAAGCUCAGGCUGUUUUAGCGGAGUACGGCCGUCGUCGUCUUGAAAGACAAAGCACAUGUAAAGACCCUCGACUUGUUGAUAUGGAAGAUUGCGCGAAUAGAAAGAAAACUCCGGAAGAAAUACAACACAGAAACAAUAACAUUGUUGUAAAACCAGUAGAAUAUACAAGAAUGAAAAAUAUAACUGAAGAAAUGAAUAACACUUCUGAGGUAACCUUGAACUCCUCUAAUCCCUUGGCAUCAUCGUCAUCAUCGUCAUACUCUUCGUCUAUUCAAAGUGAAGGAAUUUCAAGUCAUUUACUACGAGCCCCCGAUGGACUUUGUGUUGGUUCUUCGAGUCAAGACACAUUUGUUUCUCCAUCAUUGAACAGCUUCUUAAUUCCAAGGCGUUCUUCGCGGGGCGGGUUACUAGACCCAAUCUCUUCUCGACCAUCAAGCCCCAGCGAAAAAACAUCUUCAUUAAUUCAAACAGGGUUUAAUAGCAAAUCAAUAAGUGCGGGAGAUUUAGAACAUGAAUAUUCAUUAAAUAUCAAUCCCGUAGAAAAGGACGCCAUAUUGAAAAUAAUGACGUCAUCUUUGAAUGAAGUUGUGAAUCACGUGAAGAAAGAGACUAAAAAAGAAAUGGAAAUAGAAAUGAAUGACAUGCAAUCUCAAUUACGGACGCUGAAAGACGAGGUUCAUAAAAAGAAUGCCGUUAUAGAACACAUGACAGAGCUCUUGUCCACACAGGAAGAAGAACUUGAGGCUUGGAGACAAGUUGUCAAUAACUUAGAGACAAAGAGAACCGAGUCUAAAAAACUAGUGCAAGACCUUAAAAAAGAAAUCGAGACUCUCAAACAUCACGAUAACGGUCGAACUUCUACGGCAAGACUCGACAUAAGUGAAGCGGAUACCACAUGUUGAAAAAGAACAAACAUGAUUGAUGAACAUUGUUUGACAAUAAAGGGAUCAUUGAAUCUAAGUGUAUACAACUAAAAAGCAUUUUCAAACCCUUCAAACUUUAUCGAGCAUUAAUUAAAACAACCUUUAGGCGGAUUAAACGCAGGACAAGUUCAACUAACAGGCCUAGUUGGAUUUUUUUUGGAAUUUGUGAAAGUAGAAAACCGUAGGAAAACUCUCGAGUAAAUGCAGGGCAAACAAA